GUCGGCGCCCGGCCCCGGCCACGGCUCGACCGGCGCAGCAGUGAUGACGAGUUCGAUGAGCGGCGGCCAGCGGACGGUGCUGACGCUGCCGGCCCGCACCACCCUGGCCCAGCCACGGCCCAUCCACCCAGGAGUCUCGGGCGUGACCCACCUGGUGAGCUCGUCGCUUCCGCGGCUGGUGACCCAGUCAGUAACGCACCUGGUGGCGCCCGCCAGCCAGGCCACCAUGACCGUCCUCGGACAGCCCAAGAUGAAGCCCGGACAGGUGCAGAUGAAGCAGCUGCCCAUGAUCACGCCGUACAUCAGUAGUGCGUCGCAGUCACCGCUCGGCAAGUCGAUGGUGGUGGUGACAGCAGCCGGCCUCGUGCCCGUCUCCAAACACUAGGUCUCCAUGCCGAUCGAGGGCCGAGCUGGCCACGCGCCUGGCGGUCAGAAGUAGAGUCCACGUCCGCCACUGUCGGCGGCGCCGCCCUGGCGGUCAGAAGUAGAGUCCACGUCCGCCACUGUCGGCGGCGCCGCCCUGGCGGUCGGAAAUAGAGCUCACGCCCGUGGUGGGCGCCGCUAGAUGGUAGCGCGGCGGCGCGCCGAGUGGCGUCGGUGUCUGAUGUAGCUGAGUUUGUGGGCGAGCGUGCCGUCCAAGCUGAAGCUGCACCGGCCAGUGUUGGAUUCUCUUCAGUAGACCAGAAGGUAUGGGCCCUCCAAAAGAAGCCUAGUGAGGUGGGGGUUCUCUGGAGGAUCCGUCAGUGGAUCCGUUGACUCUGUAGCGGACAUUUUGGGGGUGUGCGCUCGCCGGCCGAGCUGACGGUGAUGGAUCUGCUAACUCGCGGGCCCCUAGCUGCGGUGGGACCGCCUAUGGCUGGUCCGCCGGUGUGGGACCCUCCCCGUAGGACGACAUCACCUGUAGUUUGACAGUCGCCGGCUGGUGAGGCUGCUGCUCGGCCGUCAACUGGGGAUUGCGUUCGGCCGAGGCAAGUCUUCCUUUCAUGAUUUUGUACAAAAUGUAUUGUUACCAUGGAAUUAAAGAUGUAUGAUCUCGUUGGAUCGGUAUUGGCCCGUUUCUUUGCCGUCAACCCUCACCUGGUAUUUCAAGCCGUACUCAACAUAUCUGGAGAAAUUAUGAACCGAGUGUAAUGGCACCCAAAUCUACGUACGCUUACAGAUACGACACAAUUUGGUGUCACCCCUAUGGCGUUACGUUAAACACAAUGAAUAAGAGGCAUACUUUGUCCUGUUCAGGCUGGCUUCGACUUCCUUGCUUGUGGGCACACUACGUGGAUAGCCUUUGGCCAGUUCCUAGUCUUUUGCGGGCGUCUCCAACUGGAUUUACCUCGAUGCAGGCUAAGCUGCGUCACCUAUUACGGCAUUUAGCAGUGCGUAAUGGUGCUCACCUGUCGUGAUCGCUAAUACAUCAACGUUGUACGUCCGAACGUAUCGGGCGCCCACAUGACUGGAAAGACGGCUGUCAUGUUUUGCUGUCCCGGCGGACGUCUGCGUUCUUUCAAUGCUGCUGACUCGACUGGGCCUCGGAUUCUGAUCAGCGCCCUCCUCUGUCGUCAACUGCCUGACUCCGUCCAAGACUCUCUAAAUCCCAACAAGCACGCUUUCGAAUUUGCUUCCUUCGUUUCCAAGCGGUCCAAUCCUCUAACAGCCCAUGUUCUGAAGGAGAUUUAAGGAAACCGAAAGGCGGCCCGGCCAAGGAGUUCAGCGAACCCCGUAAUCGCAAAAUCCGUAGUCAUUCACAGUAGUUAUUCAGGUGGAGUGCGGCUCGGCCGAGCGCGGGCUGGGAGUGGGUGCGCCGAACGGGCGGUCGGUGGGCGAUGCUUCCCCCGACAACGGCCCGCUCGCGAGUCGGCGGCGCUGGCCGCGUCAUGUCACGCCUAGUACAAUGGCCCUGCCUCUGCGAGCGCCGGGCAUGGGGCGCCGCCGGGGCGCGGGCCGACGUGGGUGGGUGGGGGCUCUGUCCAGGCCCCGCCGUGCUCUUGUUUUCAGCGUCUGUGAUGAAUCUGGCGUGACUAGGCUGCUCGUUUCUGAUGCGUUGCCGUUUGUCUGAUGUUGCGCGGAGGCAGCUUGUCUGCAGCGGCCGCCGGCGACCGGGCCGCCUCCCCCGGGCUCGUGUUGGAGUGUCUGGUUUUACCUGAUCCUGUCCGCCGGCCUCCGGUGUGGGGGCCGGCCCUCCGGCCGACGCCCCAGCGGCGUCGGCGUGUUGCCGUUCGGUUCGGGUUGCGGUGCUCUGUGAUAUCGGGAUGCGUAUGCAGUGGCGGUAGGGUAUGCAAGGCGCCCGCUGUUUCCUCGGUGUGGUUGUUUUGGUUUGUGGUCUCCCCGCCCGCGCCGGGCGCUCCGGUUUCGCUUCUGUUUUGUUCGUUUUAUUGAACCUGUCUCGAAGUGUGCUGGCGAGACUGGCUGGCCGGCACGCGUGGUCCGGUCACCUGCAUGUGAGGAGGCGAUCGGCCGCCAUUGAUUGGCCCUAGACGCGCUGUCGGUGAAGAGGCGUGGCGUCGGCGCGGCCCCAGGGCUGGCGCCCCUCUGCAAUAACCACUAACAGGCCCGGACACUGGGCGUCCCACCGCCUGCCUGGGCGACCUUCGCCGCUGGGCGCACGCCCUCUUUCCUUGUUAGGCAUGAAUUGUAUAUGAUGAAUAUCUAAUGCUGUUCAGUAUAUUGUUGACCGUGUACCCUCAUUGAAAUACAUGUCCA